GACUUAACUGAAGGGAAGAGACAUGGCUGGUAAUGCUGUAGCCUGCGCCGAGAGGGCAACUAGUGAUAUGCUGAUUGGUCCAGACUGGGCAAUAAACAUUGAAUUAUGUGAUAUUAUUAACAUGGACCCUGGGCAAGCAAAAUAUGCCUUGAAGACACUCAAGAAGCGUCUUGGCAGUAAAAAUCCGAAAAUACAACUUCUGGCUCUUUUUGAUUUAGAAACUCCAAGCAAAAAUUGUGGUGAAAGUGUUUUCCAGCAGAUAGUUGAGCGUGAUAUCUUACAUGAAAUGGUUAAAAUAGUAAAGAAGAAGCCAGACUUGAAUGUGAGGGAAAAGAUACUAAUCCUAAUUGACACAUGGCAAGAAGCCUUCGGGGGACCUCAGGGGAGAUAUCCUCAAUACUAUGCAGCAUAUAAUGAACUGAAGGCUGCUGGAGUUGAAUUCCCACCUCGAGAAGAGAGCAGUGUACCAUUCUUUACUCCACCCCAGACCCAGCCAAUAAUUUCUCCUGUUACUGAAUACAAUGAUGCUGCUAUUGAGGCCUCUUUACAGUCUGAUGCUUCAGGCCUCAGUGGCUUCAUUGGAUUUCAAAUUGGAAGGAACUUUAUUUGCAGCAGUUUGCAAGAGGUACCUCUCUAUUAUGAUGGGAUUGGGGGCAUACGUUUGUCAUUAAAACUUUCUGACUCUAGCCAAACACCUAUAGAGAUUGGAUUGGAUCUGGAGAAAUUGUUGCAGAAGGUUAUUUUAUUUCAAGUGACCCAAAGGAUGAGGUUCACCAUGUUCCUCUUGGGCCUAGUGCUAUGAUAGUGGGGAUAGAUCUUGUGAGAAAGAAUGAUGCAUUUCUGUGGAGGCCUUCAACAGUUAUGUCUACUAUAGAAGAUGCUAUAGGUAGUAUAAUUGCAUGGCCAGCUGAUAAAGUUAUAAUUAGCUAAGAAAAUGGACUCACAACAAAGACAAGUGCACAAAGGAUGAUGAAUUGAAGGAUGGAGCAAGUUUCGUUUACUUUUGUGUAUCUUGUAAUGUUUCUAUUUUUCAUUUUUGAAGUAAAAAUUGUUCAAGAUUAUAAAACUUUAUUAUGUUAUGCUUUCAAACUUAAGUUAGAACUAAGAUCUCAUGAAGUAGACACAUUCAUAGUUUGAAUUAGUUAUUGUUUAAUGUAAUACUUAUGGUUUAUCAAUCUAUUGAGAAUUACAUUUUA